CGAUCUAUUUAUUGCAUUUCGUUAACAUACGCCCUAGUCCUUCGGCGACUGCGCCGCUGAAUCCGUGUCACGUAACAGCUUGCUACUCGCUGUGCCUCCUAAAACACCAAACCCAGAGGCGCAGCGAGCACGAGGUAUCGUACAUACGAAGCUACUGUUGGACCAUGUUUCAUCUACGAUGCUACUACUAGUAUAAGAAGAGAACAUCCGACGUAUCUCCCUUUCCACUUACAGCCUGCAUCACUCCAAUUUUCCUCUUUUGUACGCUCCAAGUCCCUCCCUUUUAAGUUCCCUCCGACCCGUUCCUAGCCAGCUCCGUCUCCCGUGAGAGACCGAAACAAAUCACAUAGUGACACAUACCAUGGCCACCCACGGCUCAUCGGCACGCCCGGCUGCACCGGCCGCACAGACGGUAGUGGCACCACCAACCGCGGCAGAAAAGGACCGGGACCGGGAGGCACGCAGGCAGGCGCACUGGGAGCGAUGGGCCGCCGAUGCCGACAAGGAACGCUCGUACGCGGUCGUCUUUGACAAGCAGGCCGGGACUAGCGCCGCCGCCACGGACGCGGUCCACCGUAUGCUGGGCCGUCCUCCCAAGCUGUCGCCCGUGAAGCGCCUUCCGGACCUGACGGAUACGGCCACCGACCUCGGCCAAGUCCAGAUCUCGAUGGUCAGCGCCGAGAUCUUCGUGGCGCUGAGGGAGCAGUUUCACUGCACCCGGAUCUCCGUCAUGCUGCCGGGGAACCACAAGCGCACCGCCUUCAUCCCGGGCGCGGCCAAGGAUGGUGCCGGUGCAUCGAGGAACGUGGCAGCGGCCGCGCCGGCAGCUGCGGGAGCAAAGCAGCAAGGGAAGAAUAGCCAGCAAUGAAUUUGGCACCGGUUGGAGAGAGAAAAUAGCGUGGGCCAAUGCAGGCUGGGUUGCGGGUGAUGUGCGAAGUAACCUGAAACGCUAAAGUGACAGUUCAGAUACCCCUACAAUCACAGUCAAAAAGUUGGGUCACACCUCACUGUAAAACCUGG